AUGACACGGGUGUCCAGCGCGUUGGUCCAGUGGCAGCUCGUCUCAUCCGCACUCGCUCUCGGUUUCAGCAUCGGCCCUGUCGGCAGGGCAGCGAAAAGGCAAAGCAUGCAGGGUGGAGGCGGGCCGGCCCAGCCAAAGAACGAUAAAAGGGAGGGAGGAGAGGGUAAGAAAAAAAAACAGAUGGUGACCGGCGAAAGAGAGAAAGAGACGAAAGAAAGAAGCAAAGAAAAGGAAAGAAAGAAAAAAAUGAGGAGAGGGCAGACGAAGAAGCAGCAGCAGAAGCAGCAAGAAGAAGAAUAUGAUAUUCAACCCCCCAUGCCAGGUUCUUCACGGCGUAAGGGCCCAACACGCGACAGACAGAGAGGCCAGACGUACGGACAGCGAGAGACCACGGCCAGAGCCAGAGCAGACCACUUCCAGGCAAACUCGACGAGAGCGAGGGAGGAACAAGGCAGGGAAGCGAGGGAUGACUUGGUCAGUGGAUAA